AUGGUGGGGGAAGGAGGAGGGUGGGGGAGAUGUGAUCGAAGACGGUACCACUGCACUAUGGAUGUUAGAUAUUCAAACAUAAGUGAUGAAGAAGGUUGUUCAUGGAUAUAUCGAAAUAGUUAUUUGAAAAAUCGCAAUCAGGAGGGUGACAAUAAUGGGUGGCACAAGGGCGAUACUAGUAAGUCAGCAUCCAAUUCGUAUGGAAAAGAUCUUGAUCGAGUGGCUUCUUCAUUAUAUAUCACCAAUUUUCCUAGUUACUUUGAUGUGAAGUCUUUGUGGAAAUUGUGUGAAGGACAGGUUAAAAUCGUUGAUGCCUAUAUCACUACGAAACAAUCUAAAUUAGGAAAAGAAGUUUGGAUUUGUGCGCUUCUUGGGAAUCGAUAA